CUACUAUUGGACAGACUAGAUGUCCGUCAGCAGCUGAGGAGAAACGGGGGAGGAAUGGACGCAGAUAACACUCAGCAUCUGUACCAAACGAUGAAUGUUGUGUCACAUUAAACGGAUUUUUCCUCAAAAAUAAGGAGAAAUAGAAGCAGCUGCCAUCAUGUAUGGGUUUGUGAAUCACGCCUUGGAGCUCCUCGUUCUCAGGAAUUACGGCCCGGAAGUGUGGGAAGACAUCAAGAGGGAAGCUCAGCUUGAUAUUGAGGGUCAAUUCCUGGUUAGAAUCAUAUACGAAGAUGGCAAAACAUACGAUCUUGUUGCUGCUGCAAGCAAAGUUCUCAAGAUUGAUGCAGGAGAAAUCUUGCAGUUGUUCGGGAAGAUGUUUUUUGAGUUUUGCCAAGAGUCGGGAUAUGACACUAUCUUGCGAGUGUUAGGAUCGAAUGUUCGGGAGUUCCUGCAGAAUCUGGAUGCUCUACAUGACCACCUCGGUACCAUCUAUCCCGGGAUGAGGGCUCCCUCGUUCCGCUGCACAGAUGCUGAGAAGGGGAACAAUCUGAUUCUUCACUACUACUCAGAGAGAGAAGGCCUGCAAGACAUUGUGAUUGGCAUCAUUAAAACCGUCGCUCAACAAAUCCACGGCACAGAGAUAGAGAUGAAGAUGAUCCAACCCAAAAGCGAAGAGUGCGACCACAUCAAGUUUCUGAUUGAGGAGAAGGACUCAGAGGAGGAGGCUUUCUACGAAGAUCUGGAUGGCUUCGAGGAAAAUGGCACACAGGAGACUCGGAUCAGCCCGUACACAUUUUGCAAGGCUUUCCCGUUCCACCUCAUGUUUGACAAAGACCUGAUGCUCACACAGUGUGGGAAUGCCAUUUAUCGAGUCUUGCCUCAGCUCCAGCCUGGCACCUGCAUCCUGCCUUCAGUUUUUUCUCUGGUCCGUCCUCACAUUGACUUCAGUUUUCAUGGCAUCCUCUCCCACAUCAACACCGUCUUUGUUCUGCGCAGCAAGGAGGGCCUGCUGAAUGUGGAGACUGUGGAGAAUGAGGACGAGCUGACUGGGGUGGAGAUCAGCUGUCUGAGAUUGAAAGGACAGAUGAUUUACUUGCCCGAGGCGGAGAACAUCCUUUUUCUUUGCUCACCCAGUGUUAUGAACCUGGAUGAUCUCACACGGAGGGGGCUAUACCUGAGUGACAUCCCACUACACGAUGCCACUCGUGACCUGGUGCUGCUGGGUGAGCAGUUUCGUGAGGAGUACAAGCUGACCCAGGAGCUGGAAAUCUUGACAGAUCGACUGCAGCACACACUGAGGGCCCUAGAGGAUGAGAAGAAAAAGACAGACAGAUUGCUUUAUUCUGUUCUGCCGCCAUCUGUUGCCAACGAGCUGCGACACAAACGGCCCGUCCCGGCUAAACGCUACGACAACGUGACCAUCCUCUUUAGUGGCAUUGUUGGAUUCAAUGUCUUCUGCAGCAAGCACGCCUCAGCCGAGGGAGCCAUCAAGAUAGUCAACCUGCUCAAUGAUGUUUACACACGUUUUGACAUCUUGACAGACUCUCGGAAUAACCCUUAUGUAUACAAGGUGGAAACAGUGGGUGAUAAGUACAUGACGGUGAGCGGCCUGCCAGAGCCGUGCACACACCACGCCAAGUCCAUCUGCCAUCUCGCUCUGGAUAUGCUGGAGAUUGCUGGACAGGUCAAAGUGGAUGAUGAACCAGUACAGAUUACUAUUGGGAUCCACACAGGGGAAGUGGUGACUGGGGUGAUUGGACAGAGGAUGCCCAGAUAUUGCCUUUUUGGAAAUACGGUCAACCUCACAAGUCGUACAGAGACGACUGGCGAAAAGGGAAAAAUAAAUGUCUCAGAAUAUACUUACCGGUGUUUGCAGUCCGCUGAGAACGCUGACCCUCAGUUCAAUCUGGAGUACCGGGGCCCCAUCACCAUGAAAGGAAAGAAGGAACCGAUGAAGGUGUGGUUUCUGUCCAGGAACCCCACCGACUCAGAGUCCACCAUAGUUAAAGCUUAACAAUCGAGAUUCAACAAUAAUACACAAUGAGUGACGUCUAGACAUCUAAUGAGCUUCAGUACGACACUGUCUACAGUCCAGAUGUCUUUAUAAUUACACAGAUGAGCAGGGAUGAGAAAAUAUCUUACUAUAGAUAUGAUGAUAUUUUUAAUAUAACGUUAAUUUGAAUUCUCUCCCUGCUUGUUUCUUCCUGACCACAAUCUAUCAUGACCUCACUAUAUUUUUGUAGCAUAGACACAAUAGUGGAGUGUUUCAUGAAUCGUAGAAGUGCGAUCGUACAUUAAAGUUUGAUACAUUUUGGACAGAAUAUUCUCACACUGUUGUUGUAUAUAUUAUCACUAAAGUUUUGAUAAGCAAAACAUCUGUCCAUCUAUGUUUUUAGCUGCUAAUUUUGUCAUGUACUGUAUUUGUUCCACAGCUUGCCAAAAAAAGUGACAAUUUAGUACUAACCAGUUGAAAUAACUAGUUUUACUUAACAUGAAUAAAAUAUAUUUUACCAUCGUCUUUUUCACUUUUAAGGGUGAUAAUGACAUUUAAAUUUAAAAUGAAAGAUUUGACUUAAGAUUGAUGUCAUGUUCGUGCCAUUACAUUACAUUACAUUACAGUUUUUUUGCUCAUUGGAUGUAAGAGUUUUUGCAAGAGUAUGAGGUUUUACACUGAAUAUGUUCUUCUGGCAUCAAUACCAUCAAAAGAAAUAUAAAUUUAGAUAUUACAGCUGUUGUAUUUAUAUAGAUCUAUGUCAUCAUGUCCAAAAGUUCUUUGGCACACAAGCGUCACCAGAUGUAUGUAUUACAAGUUUUGUCACUUUUUAAAAGGCACAAAUGAUAUAGGUUUUGCCAUUAGUAAAGCCCUUUCAUGUAUCGAUCACUGAAUUACUGAACUAUUAUAUAUAUUUAUUGCACCCCUCUACUUAUUGCACACUCACUUUUUGUAUGUAUGAGAGAGAAUACUAUUUACUAAAUGUCUUCUAAAUGUUGUUGAGAUAUUCUCACUGAUCUAUCAGAGCAUAUUUAUUGUUAACAAUAUUUUGAUUGAUAUUUAUUCUUUUUUUUCCAUUAUAAAUGUUACUAUGACCUUUAGAAAACAGAAUAUACAGUGGAAAAAAAUAAAAGUAAAUAAGUAAUUAUGGAUACAACUACAGUGUUUUGCCUGUAUAAGCUAAACUAUGUGCUGUAUGUGUUUGAUUUAGUUCACAUGACUAAAUGUACCACGCUUUUAUUUUUUCCAACCUCAUUAUUAUUAAAUCUUGCAUCAUGUCCUCCAUGCAGCUUCCUGUGUCGAAAACAAACAGGUGCCUCUUGUUCUGUAUGAGUGCAUUUCUGUGCUUUUAAGACAUGACUGCUUUAUGUUAACAAUGUUUCUGUUGGGAGCUAUCUAAUAAAAUAGUCAAGAAAA